GAGCUUUGUGCGCAUGUGCGGGAAGGUGAGGUUGUUUGGGGGGCCUCGCCCAGGAGAGUGAGCCAAGGAGAUGGAGAUUAGUCUUUGAAAGGAGCAGUUGUUCUUUGACCGAGGACACAUUGCUGGUACGCAGCUGGAAUCGGUUCCAAUUCCGAAGCCCUUGUCCUCUGAGUAAAUAUUUGGUGCUGGUAACUCAAACCUAGGUGGCCUCAUGGAGGCCCCAACGACCCAGCCAGUGAAGCAGGAGAACCUGGCGGUUGAGGCCCUGACGCUCGACUCCCCGUGGCACCGCUUCCGCCACUUCCACCUGGGCGAUGCAGCAGGGCCACGUGAGGCCCUGGGGCUGCUCCGUGCCCUGUGCCGGGACUGGCUCCAGCCGGAAGUGCACACGAAGGAGCAGAUGCUGGAGCUGCUGGUGUUGGAGCAGUUCCUGAGCGCCCUCCCUGCAGACACCCAGGCGUGGGUGUGCAGCCGCCGGCCCCAGAGCGGAGAGGAGGCUGUGGCGCUGCUGGAGGAGCUCUGGGGCCCAGCAACCUCCCCAGAUGGGUCGUCAGCAAUGAGGGCACCUCGGGAUGUGACCGAAGGCCCGGGGGUCAGUGUUGGAAAGGAAGAAAGUGGGGCAAUUCCCUUAGGAACCUCCUCUGGGACAGAGGUACCCGCAACGGAGAACAGCGGGGCCAUGCGCCCAUACAAGCAGGAGCCGGGCAGCCCCCCACCAGCUCCACUGGCACCGGUCCUCCCUGCCUUCCUGGCAGCUCCAGGCACUGUGUCGUGCCCGGAGUGCGGGAAGUCUCCCUUGAAGCCGGCGCAUCUACUGCGCCACCGGCAAAGCCACUCCGGUGAGAAGCCGCACGCGUGCCCUGAGUGCGGCAAGGCAUUCCGGCGUAAGGAGCACCUGCGGCGCCACCGCGGCACGCACCCCGGCAGCCCAGGGCCUGCACUGCGCCCCCUGCCUGCGCGCGAGAAGCCGCACGCGUGCUGCGAAUGCGGCAAGACCUUCUACUGGCGCGAGCACCUGGUGCGCCACCGCAAGACACACUCUGGCGCGCGACCUUUCGCCUGCUGGGAAUGUGGCAAGGGCUUCGGGAGGCGUGAGCAUGUGCUCCGUCACCAGCGUAUCCAUGGCCGGGCGGCCGCGGUAGCUCAAGGGACUUCAGCACCAGGUCCAGAGGGUGGUGGUGCCUUUCCGCCCUGGGCUCUGGGGUAGCUGGGGUUCUAAACACCUGCUGCAGGGCGUCAUCCCCUUAGAGUUCUCCCAACCCCAUUGCCUCUUCCCUUUUGGGCCCCAUAUCCACUCCUCCCUUCCUUCUGGAGUUCUCAGCUUUCACCCACCCCUGCGAAAGACCCUUCUCUCCUUCCCUCAUUCCAUCCCCUUUUCAUGGAGGAGAGACUUGCCCCAGGACACCCUUCAAGUGAGAAAGGGGGCUCAGGGAAGGAGCAGUGCCCCCACUCCUCCCUUCCAAGGAUCUUGAUCUUGAACCCCAGGACAGAGUCGGGGCCAAUGGAGAGAAGAGGCCUGGACCCGGAUCUGGUUCUCUCCAUAGCCUAAAGGAAUGAGGUGGGGAGAGGUACCCGAGAAAGCUUGUCACAGAUGGCAGGUCACCAGCACCUGAGAGAGUAAUAAAGUGACUGACUCAGUGUGUACAGGAGUCUGACUCUCCGGUGUUGUGGGAGCUGAGCAUCUGAGGCACAGGGGACUUGGGGACUCCUCACACAUCGCAGGAAGAAAGACUAGACUCGGAAGGUCUGGCAGCAGAUCACUCCCAUCCUGGUUGUCCUGGCUGUAUAUAGCUUCAGGUAGGUGGACCGCCCCCGAAAUCCCCUUUUCUGAGCAAUAGUUCCCGUUUCGUAAGUCAUGGUGCUUGUAAUGUCGCCCACAACCAUUACUAAGUUAAUAAUAUUGCUAGGUGCCUCCGGUCCACUCCUAAUAACCAAGUGCCAGCCAGCAGGUCUGAAAGCACCUCAGUUCUUCACAGUGACCGUCCAGGAAUCUAGACCUAACUUCUCUUCAGGAUGCGCUUCUUUGGGUAUAAAGUCUGCCCAGUCUGCUGUGGAGCAGACUCUGGGACAGUCCUUAGCCUGGCCCUGCUGGCUCUUCUGGGUACCAGCUUUGAGCUCCUGGGCUCUGCUUCCUUACCAGAACUCUAUGUAAUGGCAUCACACAGUGGAGGGAGGUAGAGGAACCCCAAUGCCCACUCAAUUUUUUUUUUCCUUAAGAUGAGAACUUGCUGAAUCAGUCUAAGCUGACCUUGAUCUCAUUGUGUAACCAAAGGUGACCACAGAUUUCUGGUUCUCCUGUCUCCAUCUCCCCAGUUUGAAGAUCAUAAGUAUGCACUAUGUCGUCUGUGAUCUUAAAAGGCAUGUGCCACCAUGCCCAAGUUUUAUUCCGGGUUUGCUUGGUGGGUUUUUUUUUUUGUUUGUUUUUUUGUUUUUUUUUUUUUUUUUUUUUUUUGAGACAGAAAUGUCAUGUAUUUCUCACUAUCCUGAAGCUUGCCAUAUAUCAGGCUGCCCCCAGACUCAUAAGAGAUCCGCCUACCUCUGCCUCCUGAGUGCUGGGAUUAAAGGUGUGGACCACCAUGCCCGGUUCUCGUUCUUAAUGCAUACAUGGGACCUUCCUGGAAUACAUACCCAAAGAAAUGGUCGAAGCUGGACACAACUAUACUUUUAGGAAAAGAGUAAGUGUAUGAAUAAGUGACAGAAUGGGUAGGGGUGGGGCUCUGGCAGAAAUGGGAGUUUCGCUAGGAAAUACAGUUAGGAGGGUUAUAUGAUGCUAUCUUCAUGAGAGUAUGCAUUCCUUUGAGGCAGUGCUGCCCUCUGGUGGUGAGGGCUGUUUCUGGAACUAAGAAGGCAUCAUCUCUGGGAGUUUUUUCACCUCAAGUAAGAAUGAGCAGGUAGACAGCCCUUUCCACAAAGAGGUUUUUAUUGUUGUUUUGGUUUUGGUUUCUCUGUGUAUCCCUGGCUGUCCUGGAACUCGCUUUGUAGACCAGGCUGGCCUCAAACUCAGAAAUCUGCCUGCCUCUGCCUCCCGAGUGCUGGGAUUAAAGGCGAGUGCCCCCACGGCCGGCUCACAGAGGUUUUUCAGGAGCAUAUUAACUCAUCCUUUACACCUUCAGUAGUCUUGACUGUGGCGCUCCUGCCCCAGCCCCUGUUAACCAUGCUGCUGCUGUUGCUUCAGGCUUUCCAGUCCUAGUGGCAGGAAAGUUAUCUAAUUCGUUUUUCCAAAAUUGUAUAGCUACUCUGUUUCAGAGACCCACAAUGGUGUAGAAGCAGAUAACACCAUCCACCUUUGACAAAGCUGCCAAGCCCCAAUGUCCACCCUAACAUGGCUAAUGAACCCUAGUUCUGAAGACCACACCAAGACAUUGAUGCAUGCCUCAGGGUCCACACCCAUGCAGUAUCUUUCAUGGCAGCACUUGGUGUGGAGGUGUCCGUCUUGUGCAGUAAGACAGGCUGGAGAAGUCACAUUAUCAGCUGCAGGCUUUCAAGUUACUGGGAGGAGCAUGGAACAAUGGGAAGGUGGGGGUGUCGUGCAGACAGAGGCCAUGUCAUUUGGCAUAACAGGAAGCACACAGUGAAAAUGCUGUGCUUGUCUGAGAUGAAUCAGUGGGUAAGAGCACUUGCUCUGUAAACAAGGACCCGAGCUCCAUUUAUCAGCAUCUAUAACAUUGCACUGGCGCAAAAGCAGAAUUCUUACUAGAGAAAUAGAACUGAGAACCAGUUCUCCUAUAGCCACCCAGAGGCCAGCGGUACACACUGAAGAAAAGAUGGCAUCUUCAGCAGAUGGUGCUGGUCACACUUGAUAGACACAUUCAGAAUGAGCAUGCAUUCAUAUCCAUCACCCUGCACAAAACUCACCUCCAGAUGGGCCACGGGCGUCAACAUAAGUCCAGAUACCUUGAAUCUGAUAGAAGAGAAGAUAGGGAAUAGGCUUGAACUCGCUGUCCCAGGAAAGGGGUUUCUGAGCAGAGCACUGAUAGCCCAGGCACUAAGUGCUACACUUAAUAAAUGGGGCCUCAUAAAGCUGAAAAGCUUUGCACAGCAAAGGACACUAUCAUUCAAGCAAACUGACAGCGGGAAAAGAAAUCAUUACCAGCUACCAGUCUAGCAGAGAGUCUGCACCCAGAAUGUAGAGAAGACUAAAGAAACCAAGCAGCAUGUAAACCCAGCCCAAUUUUAAAAGUGAGGCAUGGCAAUAUACAGAGUUCUCCAAAGGUUAAACAAAUGGCCGAGAGACGUUUUUACAGUGUUCAUCAUCUUUGCCAUCAGUGAAAAUGCAAGUUAAAGUGACUUUGAGAUUAUUUUAGCCUAGUCAUAAUGGAUAUGAUUUAAAG